AUGAGGCUGAGCGGAGUCUCCCGGCGUCUCCUGUCCGCCUUCUACUGUGGAAGCAAUGGUCGAGCGCGCGGCGGCUGUUUGUGCUGCUGCUGCUGCUCUGUGUGCGCGAGGCGGCGCGGUUUCUGCAGGGUCCAAAAGGGAGCCCUCCAGGCGUGGCACCCAGUGGAGCCUGUUGUUACUAAUGGCAGCCAUAAUGUUGGGGCGCCGUGGGAAGCCCUCCUGGGCGUCUGUCGGAGGAGGCACUUUCUCCGAGGAGGAGGAGGAGGCGAGGAGGGGGGCCGGUGGGCGUCCUCCUACCUGCAGGGAGACCCUCCCGGCUCCCUGGGGCCCCUCGGGGCGGAGCUGAGGAAGAACGUGGCCGCUCAGUGGUGGGAGUCGGUGGUCCUGCUGAGGGAGCAGGUGCUGGGCGUGGAGGCCCCCCUCUGGCGCCCGCCUGGAAGAGGAGGAGCAGGAGCCCUCCGGGUGCUGGUGGUGGGAGCCCAGGGAGAGGCCUGGCAGGACGGGGACAGGGCUCCUCCCAGGAUGGAGGCCGCCUCUGGGACGCUGCGGGAGAGCCUCCUCCACGGUGUCCUAGAGCACUAUAUUGAAUGCUUGGAAUUGGUAAACAAGAGGUUGCCUUUUGGGAUUGCUCAAGUAGGAGUGUGUUUCCAUCCAGUAACAAAAAAUGAAAAAGAGAAUUAUGUGAGAACAGGUGAAAGGACAAUGUCCACCCUUGUAUGGUUCAGCUCUGCCAGAACAGCCGGACAGUGGCUUGACUACUGGUUACGUCAUCGUCUCCAGUGGUGGAGAAAGUUUGCGGUAAGUCCCUCCAACUUCAGCAGUAGUGAUCAUCAUGAUGAAGACGGAAGGAGAGGAAGUAAUCUGUAUUACAGCUUUCCAUGGGGAAAGGAAGUGAUAGAAACUCUGCGGAAUCUAGGUGAUAAUGAACUGUUAAAAAUGUAUCCAGGAAAAGGAUCACAAUUGCAUGGUCGAGAUGGAAGGAAGAAUGUGGUCCCUCAUGUCCUGUCUGUGAGUGGCAAUCUGGACAGUGGAGUGUUAGCCUAUCUCUUUGAUGGUUUCCAGUUGGCUGAAAAUGCUUUAACUCGAAAGAAAAUGCUACAGAGAAAGGUCCUUAAGCUUCACCCAUCUUUGACCCCAAUAAAAGUAGCUUUGGAUGUGGCAAGAGGCCCAACAACGGAGUUGAGACAGGUAUGCCUGGGAUUAUUCAAUGAGCUGAUAGAAAAUGGGAUUUCUGUUUGGCCUGGAUAUCUUGAAACCAUGCCGUUGACAUUGGAGCAGCUGUAUACAAAAUAUGAUGAAAUGAGUAUUCUCUUCACCAUCCUGGUCAGUGAUGCCACACUAGAGAAUGGUAUUGUUCAACUGAGAAGCAGAGAUACUACCAUGAAAGAAAUGAUGCAUAUAUCUAGAGUAAAGGACUUCUUGAUCAAGUACAUUUCAGCAGCCAAAAAUGUCUGA